AUGGGAGUCAGCUCCAAUAAACACGGUGCAGGAGGCGCUGUCACUGGACACUUUGAUGGUAUGUCACUUCUGCCAGUCGCUAAUGGUCAGUGUGCCCUUCGGUCUUCAUACCUUUGGUAUAGGAAGUUGCUAUUGAUGAUGACUUCGUUGAUUUCCCGCAGCUGGUUUGGCUCGGGUACCUUGCUCGUGCUUCCGAAACCCAGCAUGCCCUGGCUAAGGAGUCUCUGUUCAAGUUCUAUCUAUUUCUCGCCGGACCAAUUGAUGGUACUUAUAUUGAGGAGGAACACCUGUGCAGAAGGGGAACGGCGCAAUAACGUUGCUGUCAAUGUCGAUGAGCUGUGUAGCUGUAGUCAGAACUUCACGUAUUAA